CACUAUCCGUUGGCCAGGUUACCUGGUUGGGUGCUCUCACGUCAAUCACCAUGGUGAACACUAGAAAUGGAGGGAUGAAAUUCCACAAUUAUUUUCUGACUUUGACUUUAGCUGUGUUUGUUUGCCACGCUCAGUUCGUCCAGUCGAAUGCCAGCACUGACAGCAGCAGCGGCAAGAAGCGCAGUGGUGUGGAGCUGCAGGAUGUAGUUGCUGCUGUUGCGACAGCAAGAAUUCACGAUCACUCAGCGUCACAAUCAGCCGCACUGUUGUCCGAGAACAUGGGGGACAACAUGACUUCGGACCCAAAGCAAAGCGUCCAAAAGAAGAAAGCUAUUUUUGGACACGAGCGGCGCAAUGAUUUCAACUUUGCUCCAGGCUUCACCAACAUCAAUCAUGGCAGCUUUGGCGCUACUCCGAAGUCAGUGGUGGCGAACCAGCGACAGCACUACGACCAGAUGGAGGCCAAGCCAGACGAGUUCCUGAGGGUUGGAUACAAAUUGAUUGUGAAUGACAUCCGUAGCAGGUUGGCCACGUAUGUACAUGCCGAGCCUGACGAUGUUGUGCUGGUGGAGAAUGCUAGUGGUGGUGUGAAUGCUGUACUCCGUGCACUUCAGUACACUCUAGAGAAAGAUGACGUGGUGGCGGUGCUUAGCUCAGCAUACCCAAUGGUAUCCAAUACACUGGAUUACCUGUCUAAAGAGAAGGGCUUUGUCGUACAAGUGGUCGAUGUUAGCUUUCCCGUUGGCAGCGAAGCGGAUUUCUUUGCUGUCGCUGAAAAGCUACUUGCCACAGUUGCGCCAGAGAAGUUGAAAAUCUUCGUCGUGUCGCACAUCACGUCAGUGCCUGCUGUGAUCGUGCCCAUUGCCGAGAUGGCGAGAAUUCUGAAAGCUCGCGUUCCUGCCCUGGAUAUUGUUGUGGACGGUGCACAUGCCCUUGGACAAAUCUCCCUGAACAUCUUAGAGUAUGAAAAUGCAGGAAUAAACUAUUACGUGUCCAAUGGCCACAAGUGGCUCUACUCUCCGAAAGGUACAGGUUUCCUGUGGGCAAGCAAAAGAGCUCAGACUGGCAUAGUGCCCACGGUCAUCUCCAGUGAAGGACUGGCAUCGUUUGUUCACGGCUUCCUGUACACGGGAACGCGUGACUACACAGCAUUCUGUGCCAUGGGUGCAGCUCUAGACUAUCGAAACGGCCUGGGCGACGUCGAGAUCAGGGUCUACAUGCACCAGCUAGCUGCUACUACAGGUGCACUACUGGCCAACAUGUGGAAGACGAGAACGGCCGCGCCGGACGAUAUGUUUGCUGCUAUGGUCGACAUUGAGCUGCCCACCGGCGAUGGAAACAAGGCUGCAGAGAUUGCCUCCGUCUUCGUCAGCAAAUACAACAUGUACAUUGUCGUAUAUCAGAUGAAGGGCACCGAGCCACCACAGUACUGGACUCGCCUAUCAGCGCAAAUCUACUUGGAGGUGAUUGACUUUGAGCGGGUGGGGCAGCUGGUGUUGGAGAUCAUCCAGCAGCCUUCUCAAAAUGGUAUUGCCUUUGAAGCCGUGCCAAUCAAGCCUUAGAGAGGCAUUUAGCAGUAAGUUUUGCAGGACUGCGCAGCAAGGUGUUACGCUAACGCCAGGUCGAACCCUCAGAUUAUUAAUUUGAUAAUGCACUUCCAAAUUUAUUUCUAUAGAAUGUUGAGUUCCUUUAUUUCAAUUAUAUUUAAAAGAAUGUCUUCAUUAGUGUAAGUAGAAAGGAAAAGGACAUAUGGAAACGAGUUAAUUAAUGUGUGAAUUAUUUUGAUUUGCAGCGAAGAGACCACUUGGAUUGAAGAUGGUGUGUGUGCAAGGUUUUCCAUAUUUUUUAAGAACUUUUCAAAAUUGUACAGAAAUUACCUUGACCAUGAAGCAA